AUGUCUUCGCAGCCGCUUCCUGCGUUUUCCGUCGACCGCUACGUCGUCAUCCAUGUUGCGACCACCUGUGACGAACACGGCGUCUAUGUGACCAAGGAUUCCGCAGAGGUCAUCGAACUUGGAUGGAUUUUAAUCGAUGCCAACACUCUCGAGGAGCUUGCCCAUGAGAGUGUGCUUGUGAAGCCUGUCAACACCCCUAUCACCCCAUUAUGCACGAGCCUGACAACUCUCACUUGGGAACAUGUCCGAAACGCGGGUACCUUUAGAGAUGCUAUCUCUCGAUUCGACACGUUUGCCAUUGAACACCUGACGUCCAAGAACCUCGAUUUCGUCUUUGUCACCCUCGAUGCCUGGGACCUUCGUGUUCAGCUUCCCCGUGAAGCUCGUGACAAGGCGGUUGUCCUCCCUCCAUACCUGCAGCACUCCCGUACCUUCGAUCUGCGAACCGAGUACCAGCGAUGGCAACAGCACCACCCCGAAUCACUGCCGUUUGGCCCCUCCAUGCUAUCAAAUAUCUGUGCAGCUCUAGAGGUAGAGCCCGUGCAGUCGAGCGCGCCUAUCAAACACAACCUGCCUUUCCAUCUGCAGGCUUUGGCCCCGGCGUCCCCUCGACGUGCCAUGGAAGAGGCCAUCACACUCGCUAGGGUUCUCCGUGGCUUGAUCCGAAAGUCGCAGCCGCGACAGGAGCACCCUGAUGUUCUGUCCAGGCCCAUGGAUGCCCGUGCUGAUGUUCGUGCAUUCUUGUCCGAGAGAAGCAAGGUUCUUCACAUGUCCGGUCUUCCUCAUGAUACCACCCAAUCCGAGUUGGAGAGCUGGUUCACUCAGUUCGGUGGCCGCCCGAUUGCUUUCUGGACUCUCCGCACUCCCGAACAGCACAAGCCUACCGGUACCGGCUUCGCCGUGUUCUCCUCUCAUGAGGAAGCCGCCGAGAGCUUAUGUAUGAAUGGACGUGCCCUCAAUGAGAAAGCGAUUGAAGUUUCUCCAUCGUCAAGUCGGGUCUUGGAUCGUGCCCAGGAUAUUCUCACCCCAUUCCCUCCCAGCAAAAACCGACCUCGCCCGGGUGACUGGACUUGCCCCUCCUGCGGUUUCUCGAAUUUCCAGCGCAGAACGGCUUGCUUCCGAUGCUCUUUCCCUGCCGCCGGGUCUGGACCUCAAGGCGGUGCCGAUAUGGGAGGGCCUGGCUCCUAUAACUAUGGCUAUGGCCCUCCAGCUAUGGUGCCGCCCCCUCAUCACGGUGGUCACCACGGACAUAUGGGCCACGGUGGCCGCAUGGGUGGCAGCGGUGUCGUUCCAUUCCGUGCCGGAGACUGGAAGUGUGGAAAUGAGGUUUGUGGUUAUCACAACUUCGCCAAGAAUGUGUGCUGUCUUCGAUGUGGUGCCAGCCGUGCUGGUGCUGCUGUUGUCGCCGACUCUGGCUAUCCCUCCGGCAUGGACAACUCGUCUCAGUACAGCGUGAGCCAAAGCUCAAUGGCCGGAACUCCCGGACCCGGACCCGGCCCUGGACCUUUUGCUUCUGGCAACUCGUUCGGCUCUGGCGCUGGCGGAUACAACCAGCAUUUCGGCGGUCCACCAAGCCACUUCUUGCCCUCUGGUCUCGCUGGCGGUGCUGGUGCAUACCCCAGCUCCUUGAACACUCAAGGAUUUGGUCCUGCUCCUGGUGCCCAGUCGGCUGGACCUUUUGACAGUCGAGCUGCCGAGGCUGCCUUCCAGUCUGCGACCAAUGGACCUGCCUCCGCAGGACCCUCGAACAACUUUUACAACAGCAGCAACAACGGUGGAGGCGAGAGCGACCCGUUCGCCUUCCUUUCUAGUGGAAUUGGUGGGCUGUCAGUGAGCGGCAGCGACGGUCGCCAGAACGGCAGCUCGGCUCCUCCCAGCAAGUCGCCUGCUUAG